GGGGCGCUCAGAAGGGGCGGCUCUCUCUGCCCGGCCAGCCAGCAGCGAGCGGGGCGCAAAAGCUCGCUGGGCGUCGUGGGAAGCGCCAGAUCCCGGGCAGCAGCAGCAGCAGGAGGAGGAAGAAGAAGGGCGCCGCCGGAGCAGGGGGCGGAGGAGGCGCCCAGUGGUGGCUGCCAUUUUGGAUCCCGCAAACGCUGAGAGAGAAGAGGAAUGAACUGAGCCCAAGGAAGGCCCCCUCGACCGGGCUCCCUCGCCAGCAUGGCGGAAGGGGCGUCCCUCCCCAUGGCCGAGUGGCUGCGGGCCCUCCACCUGGACCAGUACAUCGAGAACUUUGAGCAGAAUGAGCUGUGGCGGGUCUCAGACUGCCAGUUCCUGACGGACGAGGCCCUGACCCAGCUGGGGGUCCUGCUGCCGGGCCACCGCAAGCGCAUCCUCUCUGGGCUCUUGAAGGCCUUCACGGAGGCGCUGCCUGCCCUGGAGGUCCCCAAACUGCCUCCAAGGAGGCCGGUUCCCAUGCAGCGCCACAUCUUCCGCCCCCGCCCAGGAACCGCUGCUCCUUCCCCAGCGGAGCCGGAUGCCGCCUGUGACCCGGUGACGCUGCCCGGAGAGACCUUGCCGCCUCCGCGGGAGCCAGAAACCGCCUCCGCUGGCCUCAGCCUUGUGCCGCCGCCGAUCCCUCCGAGGGUGGGCUGCCGGCCCCCGGUGAAGUUUUCAUCUCCUGCUUUCUCGGAACUCUCCAGGGCCGUUUCCCUUGAAUCCGCCCCCCUUGUGGAUUUUUCCUCUCCGCUGCCGCCCCCUCAGCCCGCUGGAAACAGGCUGAGUCUGGACGGGACGUUUCCUGAAGAGAUGGGGAAGCCCCCGCUGCCCCCGCUCCCGGCCAAACGCCACCAGCUGGACAGCAAGCCUCCCUCUCAAAAGGCGCCCCCUUGGCCUAGCCAUCCGCCUAUGUUGCCCCCCAGGGCCGUACACCCGAAAGGGACCAUCAGCCUUCCUGUGAAGGACGGACCCCAAGACCCCAAGGAGCCCCUGGCCGCCCCACCGGUUCUCUUGCCGCGCCAGAAGCUACCAGAACACCAGAGUGCCCCUGAGUUGCCUUUGAAGCCCGCCCUGCAGUUGCAGUUUGAUGAUUCUUGCUAUGUGGACUCCCCGUUUGUCGGAGAAAUAGAAGCUCCCACGGAAGAAAUGACCGAGAAGGAGGAGGCAGAGACCACGCCGGAGACUCAACGACGCUUCCAGCGGUUCAACAGCCUGCUCAGUGAAGACGAGUUGAUUGAAGAUUAUUACAAAGACGAAUCUUCUCCCAGCAACCACUACUGGAAUGACGGUGGGCUGAACUCCUUCUAUCUCAGGAGCUCUCUGGCCUUUCGUGCAUUGAGCCCCGACGGUGACAGCAUGGACAGGUCCGACUCUUCGGCAGUACUCUCCCCUGUCUUCAAAGCAGGAUGGCUGGACAAAAACCCUCCGCAAGGGUCUUAUAUCUACCAGAAGCGCUGGGUGAAGCUGGACGCUGACUUCCUCCGAUACUUUGAUAGUGAAAAGGACGUUUACUCUAAACGUCUUAUCCCAGUGUCGUCUAUAACCCGGGUGGCCAGCAUCGGGGACCAGAAAUUUGAGGUGAUCACAAACAACCGGACCUUUGCCUUCCGAGCUGAGAGCGAUGCGGAUCGCAACGAGUGGAUCAAAGCCCUUCAGAAGACCUUGGACGAGCGGAAGGCCCGGUGUUCGGACAGGGUAUCUUUCAUCCAGGCGGCCGGCAGCAGCUUUGACUCUGUGGACAAAUGCGGCCUUCUGGAGUUGCGGGGGUUUAAGAACAAGCUGUACGUGGUGGUGGCCGGGGAAAAGGUCUUCCUCUAUAAGAAUGCGGAGGACUUCCGUUUGCGGGUAGGGAUCACCUACAUAGAGAUGAAUGUCGGGAACGUCAAAGAUGUGGACAGGCGCGGCUUUGACCUGACGACGCCUUACCGGAUCUUCAGCUUCGUUGCAGAAUCCGACCAGGAGAAGGAGGAGUGGGUGGAGGCCAUGCAGCAGUCCAUUGCGGAAGCCCUCUCCAACUUCGAGGUUGCUGAGAAGAUCUGGGCGGUGGAAGCCAACUGCUUCUGUGCUGAUUGUGGGUCCCCCAAACCUGACUGGGCCUCUAUCAAUCUCUGCGUGGUCAUCUGCAAGCGCUGUGCAGGAGAACACCGUGGGCUGGGGCCUAGCAUCACCAAAGUCCGGAGCCUCAAGAUGGACAAAAAGGUCUGGACGGAAGAGCUGAUAGAGCUCUUUCUCCAGGUUGGGAAUGCCGUGGCCAACCAGUUCUGGGCUGCCAACGUCCCCCCCAGCGAGGCCAUCAGCCCCACGAGCGGGAGCCAGGAGCGCAGACACUUCCUUGUGGCCAAAUACAGGGAGGGCAAAUACCGCCGGUACCACCCGCUCUUCGGGAACCAGGACGAGCUGAACAAGGCCCUCUGCGUGGCUGUGACCACCCGCGACCUGGCGGAGACGCUCUCGCUCUUGUUCUGCGGAGCGGAGGUGAGCUGCUGCUCAGGGGACCCCGGCUACCCGUCCCCCCUCGCCUUAGCGGAGCAAGCCGGCCAGAGGCUGCAAGUGGAGUUCCUGCUGCAGAACAAGACCUCAGAGACCCCUCAGCUGGACAUGGGGACCAACAUGGAGAGGCACUACUCGGUCGUCCUGCCUUCUGUCGCUCACAACGGCUUCCUCUACAAGACGCCCUCCAUGGCAAAGCUGGUCCACGAACGGAAAUCCCGGGAAGAGUUCAGCCGCCGCUGGUGCUGCCUUCAUGACGGCAUCUUCAGCUACUAUGAAAACAACACCAACACGGUACCCAAUGGAGAGAUCAAGAUGCAGGAGAUCACGUGUGUUGUGAAUAACCCUCCGGACACUCAUGGGUUUGUCAGCACGUUUGAGGUGCACAUAGAAUCGGAACGACUGUACCUCUUCGGACUGGACAGCCCCGAGGCCAUUAAGGAGUGGGUCAAAUGCAUCGCCAAGUCCUUCCUCCCCAUGGCAGCUGAGGGCCUGCUGAGCCGUGACUUUGAGAGACUCGGGCGACUGCACUACAAGGGGGGCCUGAACUUGGAGCAAGCCAAGGAGGGCUGGUUUGCCCUGGUGCAGUCCACCCUCUACGCCUACUUGGAGGGCGGCGAGGAGACGGUUCAUCUGAGGAAGCUGCAGGAACUCUCCAUCCAGGGAGACAAUGAAGUUCUUGUGCUGGUGGAAAGGAGAAGGACACUGUACAUCCAAGGCGACAGGAAGCUGGACUUCCUGGGAUGGGUCAAUGCUAUCCAGAAGGCCGCUGGGAGCUCCGGAGACACUUUGUCUGAACAGCAACUCACAGAGAUGGACGUUCCUAUCAUUGUGGACCGAUGCAUUGAUUAUAUCACCCAGUGUGGGCUGACCUCGGAAGGGAUCUACCGGAAGAGUGGGCAGAAUUCCAAGACCACUGGCCUUCUGGAGAUGCUCAGGAAAGACGCCCGGAAGGUCCGGCUGAAAGAAGGGGAGCACCAGGUGGAUGACGUGGCCAACACCCUGAAGAGAUUCUUCCGGGAUAUCGGGGAUGGGCUCUUCACCAAGGAUUGCUCCCUGGAGUGGCUGAAAGCAACAGCCCUUGAAGAUACUGAAGAGAAGAUCGCCCAGUACCGGAGGCUCCUCAGCAGCCUCCCGGCCGUCAACAGGGCCACGGUGAAGGUGCUGAUAAACCACCUGUACCGUGUCCAGCGCUUCUCGGACAUGAACCAAAUGACCACACACAACCUGGCCAUUGUUUUCGGGCCGACGCUCUUCCAGACGGACGGCCAAGAUUACAAGGCAGGGCGCGUGGUGGAGGACCUCAUCCGGUGCUACGUGGACAUAUUCAGCGUGGAUGAAGAAGAGAUGCGGAAACAGCAAGAGGAGAUCACAGCAAUCAUGAAGAUGCGGAUCGCGGGUUCGUCCAGUGGGACGCAGCAUGCGGGCGACUUCAUCUGCACCGUGUACCUGGAGGAGAAGAAGACGGAAGCGGAGCAGCACAUUAAGAUUCCCGCCACCAUGACGGCAGAAGAGCUGACCUUUGGAAUCCUGGACCGGAGGAAAAUCGUCAUGAAAGAGAAAGACUUCUGGAGCUGCUUCGAAGUCAACGAGCGGGAGGAGGCAGAGCGUCCCUUGCACUACAGCGAAAAGGUCCUUCCCAUCUUGCACUCCCUGGGAAAGGAGAGCUACCUGGUGGUGAAGAGGCAGCUGUCCAUGGAGAACAUGCUGGUCUAUUUGGCCAGCAGGGUGGGCGACAGCAGCAAGCAUGGCAUGAUGAAAUUCAGGGAGGAGAAGAACUUGCUGGGCGUGGGGCUGAGCACCGGCUUCCAUGACCGAUACUUCAUCCUGAACAGCACCUGCCUUCGACUCUUCAAGGAAGUGCGGAGCCACAAGCCAGAGAAAGAAUGGCCAGUGAAGAACUUGAAAGUCUAUCUGGGGAUAAAGAAGAAAGUCCGUCCUCCAACCUGCUGGGGCUUCACCGUGUUCUUUGAGAACGAGAAGCUGGAGAAGCAGCAAUGGUAUCUCUGCUGUGACACACAGAUGGACCUGCGGGCCUGGUUUGCCACCUUCCUCUCUGUGCAGCACGGUGGCAACAUUUGGCCUUCAGAAUCCUCCAAGAUCCGAGUGUCCCGGACCCAGCAGGAUUCCCGAUUAGGUAACAUCUCGCUGAUUCCGCUGCGAGGCAACGAGAAUGAGAUGAGGAAGAGCGUUGCAGCGUUUGCGGCUGACCCUCUGAUGCUUCUUCGUGAUGUAUGAAACUGGAAGCUAAGCACGCCAGGUUUAUUGGCAAAAGACAAAGCUGAGGAGUCCAGGGGGAAAAGAAGAAGAAGAAACGGCUCGGUGUUUACUUGGCUGGUCCUUCAGGGAGGGCGGUGGGGGGGAUACUCAAAAUCAGAGGCAGCCCUUUUCCGGAUUCCACAUCUCUCUGAAAGGCCAACAGGAGCGAAAACAAGCGAGGCUGAUGUGACGAAUCCCCCAGAGACCUUCCUAGGGAAGCCGGAUUAGCAUUUAGCACACUGAUAAACUGGAACAACAUCUCUACAAGGGAGGGGAACAUCCUGAGCAGAGCAGAGCUGCCCCCAAGAGAAAGGCUGGUUUCUUAUCAGCCUGGGCCAAAUUCUCUGCCAGAGUGGCAGCUGUUCCCUUCCGCCACUGACACCGCCCUUCUCUGCCCAUUUCCUUUUCUCUAACGGAACUUGGGCGGAAACCAUCAAGCAUGCCCAUUUGGUCCAGUGGAUGAUGUAUACUUUGAACGAUCUCUGGGGAAACCCAAGGUUUUACCCGUCUUGGUUUGAAACUCAACCAUGGGCAGAGAGGACGGGAAUUCGGAUGAUCUAAGAGGAACUAGAAACAUUUCCUGGGUGCUAGCAGAAGCUCCGAAGUCACCACUGCAGAGAGAGCCAGUGCUGAAGAGCUCCUGGGUGCCUGCCUCUGCCCUCUCUCGACCUGGCCUGUCAUCUGUUGCCUUUUCUGGAAGGGCUGAUUGACCACACGGUCAUGGGCACGGGAGCUUCUGUUCACGAACCCAUUCAUGGUACAUAGACAGAGGAAGACAAAAGAUAUAAAAUCGGCAGAAGAUAUAACAUUUGGAGUACGGACAUGGAGCAGCGAUUGGGGAGGGGGUGGCAGGGCUGCAGACUGGCCUCCGCUUAGACGUGGAAGAGACAAUAUAAGUCUGGGGGCUUCUCUGUGUCCUCUUCUUCUGGUGUACAGGAAAUAGAAAGUUAUGCCACUGCUGGGGAUAGGGGCAGGUACUGUCUUUUGUUAAUUUUUAUUUUGACUUUUUUGUAAUAUUAAAUAUCAUUGUUGGAUCCAGA